UGAAUAUAAGAGGCACAGCCUGCGGUGGAAAGUUAGUUGCUGUUGGCUUCUGCCGAGAUGGCCACCGGACUCCAGGUUCUUCCAAUGGGGCUUCUGGGGCUGCUGCUCUUCCUGAGUGGUGAGCCCUGGGCUGAGGGUGAGAAGGUACUGGUGGUACCCAUGGAUGGCAGCCACUGGCUCAGCAUGCGAGAGGUGGUGAGGGAGCUCCAUGCCCGAGGCCACCAAGCCGUGGUCCUCGCACCAGAGGUGAAUAUGCGCAUCAAAGAAGAGGACUUUGUAACCAUGAAAACCUAUGGUUUUCCAUACGCCAAGUACGAUUUUGGGUACUUCGUUAAGGAUCACAUUCAAAUUGCAUUUGAAAGACAACAUUUUCUGAAGAUGAUUUUUGAAACUGUGGCGGUUUUCAAAAGGUCAUCUGCAUAUUUUUAUGAGUCUUGUGCAGACCUAAUGCAUAACAAGACCCUGCUCGGGCACCUGAAUGCCAGUUCCUUUGAUUUGGUUUUAACAGACCCCGUUUACCCCUGUGGGGCAAUGCUGGCUAAGUACCUGUCCAUUCCCACUGUGUUUUUUUUGCGUUUCAUUCCAUGUCACUUAGACUUGGAAGGCGCACAGUGUCCGAACCCUUCCUCGUAUGUUCCUAGGCUCCUAACAAGGAAUUCAGACCACAUGACAUUCGUGGAAAGGGUCAAGAACAUGCUCUACCCUCUGGCCUUGUUCUACAUGUGCCAUAUUUCUUUUUCUCGUUAUGAAAGCCUGGCCUCCGAGGUUCUUCAGAGAGAGGUAUCAUUGGUGGAUAUUCUUAGCCAUGCGUCCGUGUGGCUGUUCAGAAAUGACUUUGUGCUGGACUACCCCAGGCCCAUCAUGCCCAACAUGGUCUUCAUUGGGGGCAUCAACUGUGUCAACAGGAAGCCACUCUCUCAGGUCUGUAUUGCUCCUCCGACCCCCAAAAAUGUUCUCAAGCGGGUCUCCGAAGAAGUCAAACGAAAAUGGGUCCCGGCCACCAAAGAACUCCCUGAAGACCUCGGCCGGGUCGCGGAAGGUGAAGUUGUACUCGAAGGGGUCCUCGAAGGGCCCGCCGGCGGCGCCGCCACCAUCCACGCCGGCCUUACCACAGCGGUCGUAGACGUCGCGUUUCUUGGAGUCCGACAACACCUCAUAGGCCUGGGCCACCUGUUUGAAUCUCUGCUCCGCUUCCUCCUUGUUCUCAGGAUUUUUGUCGGGGUGCCACUUGAGCGCCAGCUUGCGGUACGCCUUCUUGAUGGCCUCGGACGAGGCCUGCCGGGGCACGCCCAGCACCUCGUAGUAGUCCACCAUGUUGGGGCCGCCACGGCCCGCGGGCCACGGCGCGGGGAGAAGCGCAGAGGGCAGGCCGAGGCAGCCCCCACAGUGCUCCGCGAGGCUGGGAAGGUGCUGUUCGUCCCCAUGGAUGGCAGCCACUGGCUGAGCACUCUUGGGGUCAUGCAGCAGCUGCAACGGAGGGGACAUGAAAUAGUAGUCCUAGCUCCUGAGGCCUCAACGCACAUCAAGGAAGGAGAAUUUUACACCAUGAAGAGGUACCCUGUCCCAUUCCAAAGGGAGGACUUGGAUGCGGCUAUUGUUGAUCUUGGGCAUUACGCUUUUGAGAACGGUCCUUUCCUACAGCGUCUGGUCGAAACGUACAAGAGAGUAAAAUCUAACUUUGCUCUACUUUUUUCUGGCUGUUCCCACCUACUGCACAACGAGGAGCUCAUGGCCUCCCUGGCAGAAAGCAGCUUCGAUGUCAUGUUGACAGACCCUUCCCUUCCCUGUGGGCCCAUCGUGGCCCAGUACCUGGCUUUGCCUACUGUCCUGUGGCGGUACACUGGAACUCGACCAUCGAAUCUUGCAAACAAUACGAUACUUGUCAAGUGGUUACCCCAAAACGAUCUGCUUGGUAUGUUGGGAAGAUUUGACGAUUAGGUCAAACCAGGGUUACAUUAAGAAAAUGGCUUAGGCACAACUGUUGUCAAGGACUGUUUAGUUUGGAAAUAUUAUGGCCAACGUAUCCUACAUU